UCUGCCUGUUUUUGCUCAGUUGCUUUGUACAAAUGCUUUUUAAAACAAUCUGGGAAAUUUUCUGAAUGUAGUAUAGGGGAUCUGAAGCAUCUACAUCGUGUAUUUGUGGAGUGCAGUUCUCUGCCCUUGCUAUUUUUGGAUGAAAAUGUUUCAGAGACUCUUAAGGGGUUAAUUUAGCGGAGCUGAAUUUGCAGAAUUGGAGCUGGUAGUGGCGUUUACUCCCAGUGCAGCAGGUUGUGUCUGAGGCUGGAACAUUACUUCCUUCUGCUCUCGGAAAGCAGCUGUUCUCAGUAUCUUGUUUACAUCUGUGACUUUCCUCUUCUGGCACACAGAACCUACACGGGGAGAGAGAGGACCAUUUUGUAAGAGUUUGGGUCACACACUGACUCUGAUCAUCAGUUUGUUAUAAUCUGGACCAUGUGAGGUUCUGUGCUGCUGGAGUGAAGUCUUAGAGAGCAAGGCUUCCUCUACAUAGUCAAAAGAGGCAGAUUGUUUCCUUCUUUUGGACUGGAGAGAGACAGCAGUCAAGUGUACUCUGGGGAUCAGAAAUGAAGGGUGCAGUGAUUAAGCCCAUAGCUCCAGUGAGCAAACAGUGCAGCCGGAACAUGGAGAGACCACGAGCUUCCAGUCUUACAACACCUGGAGCCAAGUCCUCAAGACUCCUGUCUUCAUUCCCUACCAACUCCCAGCUCACCAAGGGGAAGAGUAAAAGCAGUGAUGAUUUACUAACAAAAUCUGCUGGCAGCCCGAUCUCGAGCUCAUUGAGACUGAAGAAAACAGUUCCCAUGGGAACCAUCACUGAGCUCAGCGAGGACAAGGCGAAGAGCAGCUCAGAGCAAGGAACACCGCCCAAGUCAGUUGGGAAAAUGGGAAACCAACCUGGAAAAACAGAGAAUCGGGAACAAGGACUGAGCUGCUCUAAUCGACGCUCUGCUAUUCCCACCUCGAGAGAUUCAACCUCAGUUGGUAAAGGAAAACUUUCCUGUGAGCGGUUCCGCGUGCCGCUCUGCAAGAAGACAGCCACUGUGAUCAGCUCUGACACUGUGGCUCCAACAAGACCACUUCCAACAGCUUUAAAAACCAGAGCCCAGGGUGAGGGAAGUGCCCAAGCAAAGCUUGAGACUCAGAUUAAAGAAUUAUUGACAGAAGCCAAGGCUAAAGAUUUUGAAAUCAGUAAAUUAAGAUGUGAGCUGAAACAUCAACAAGACAAACAUGAAAAGAAUGAUCUGGAAGAGUUGUCAGUGUUUCCUGGCAUGGUGGAAUCACAGAUAAAGAAGCUGGAACAGAAAAAACAGAUUCUUCAACAUGAGCUCGAGGAAAUGCGGGUGGAGAAACAGACCCUACAGGAACAACUGGAGCAACUCAGGGAAGGCGUCCAGUCUGUGACUGGGGGUAACUCGCUGAGUUUAGAGGUCUCUCUCUACAGUGAUCCCAGCUGCAGCCUCUGUACCCCAACCUCACUGGAAAGCACUAGGACUUACACCAGGGAAACUUUUGAUAACUCCGUCCUGGUUAUCAAUGGGGACAGAUCUCAGAGCUCAUUCUCCAACAUGAGCAGUGUGACACCCUACCCAGAUUCAGUUGACCUUAACAGAGCUUUUAACCUCUCUCCCGGUAGCGCUAAUGGUUUUGAAGGCAACAUCAACUCCAAUCAGGAACCUCUGAAGAACACUGGCUCAGUGUCAGUAGACUGUCUUGCUGAGAAGCUGCAUCAGAUGGAAGAGAAGCAGCAUUGUAUGGCAGAGGAGCUACAGGCAACCCUACAGGAACUGUGUGACCAGCAACAGGUUGUUCAGGAGCUGACAGCUGAGAAUGAGAGACUGCUGGAGGAGAAAGCCAAUCUGGAAAAUUCCUUCCAGCUUCAACAGGAAAGGCUACAGCAGCUGGUCAAAGAGAAGGAGGCUCUGGACAGUCUGAAAGUGAAUAGAGAGACAGAGCUGGCUGAUAGUGUGCAGAGACAUGAGGGGAAGCUGUUGACAACACAACAGUCAGUCAGUAAUUACCAGACUUUGCAGGAAGAUAAGCCAAGAACUGAAGUCCAGCUGGAAGGUCUCAGUAAUGAGGUCAGAAUGUUACAGAAAUUGCUGAAAGCAGAGCAGGAGCUUAAUGCUUCACUCACAGAUUCAAUGGCUGAGAGCCAGGCUGAAAACACCGGCCUGAGAAAUCAGCUGCAGAAAUACAAACUGCUGGAGCUGGAGAAAGGUGCAGCGGUAAAUGCCAGGCUGGCUCAGUCUGACAGAGAACAAGUGGAAUGUGCAGCCCUGACUCACAGCUCUCUACAAGCAACCAAUGCAGUCACUCACCUGCACAGCCCCGCAGCAAGGGUGCACUCUGAACAGGACAAACAGCUGGAGGAACCGAGCCUCCCUGCAGACAAGCUACAGGAUGAAACAAGAGACAGAGAAUCUGAAAUCAAAGACCUGAAAGAGUCCAUCUUCGAACUGCAGGACCAUGUGGAGCAGCUUCAAGCAAUCCAGCUGCAUAACAACAAGACCAUCCUGGACCUUGAGGGUAAAGUGAUGACCUUAGAACAGCAGAAACGGGAAUUGGAGAAGCAACUUAAAAUGUCUAACAAAAAAAUGAAGGAGGAGGCUGAGGAAUGGCGUCACUUUCAGGCAGACCUGCAGACAGCUGUGGUGGUGGCUAACGAAAUCAAGUGUGAGGCACAGCAGGAGAUCCAUGUCCUCAAGAGGAAGUUGCAGGAAGCAGAGCGGGGAAUGGAGUUACUGCAACAGGAGCUGGAGGACCUGAGGGCCAGCAGACUGCAAGAUGUCUCCUGUAGCUGGUGGCUGUGGAACCAAGGAUACAAUCUCAGGAUAAAGGGCAGACAUUUUAAGAUUAACCUGAGGAGGAAUCUUUUUCACUCAGAGGAUAGCGAAUCUUUGGAAUUCUCUACUUUGGGGGGUGAGGGGAUGCUGAGAAACCUCAAUCAUCGAGCAGAUUCAACAAAGUCUCCAGAAAUCUAUCAAAAACUAAUGAUGUCGAGGGAUAUAGAGAAAAUGCCACUUUCUCACACAGAAGAGAAGAUUGGCUAUGACGUAUUUGAAUUGUGGGUCAGGUUUCAUAGGCUAAAUGGCCAACUCCUGUUCCUAUGUUUGCUGCUGCAAAGUUCAUACCUUUCUGUUUUUCUAUAGUUCUCAUUGGGGACUGAAAUGGAAAAGGAUGGUUUUACAAAAAAUACGGACUGUAGAAGGAAUUGAUGUACCUUUAGAAAGCAAGUUACUGGAGCUUACUGUAAGUUGUGUCUACACUGAUACUUUGUUCAAAUGCAAGGGAAGAGAGAGAAGACACCAUAAUAUCACGGAUUGUGUACAGAAUGAGAUUUGGCCAGCAACAGAGUGCUGAUUGGUUCGUGCACUCGUGACAUGUCAGACAUUGAUGUCAGAGGUCAUCACCCUGAAGGCCAAGUCUCUGAUUGGUUCCUGUGCUGAUGAAAAGCCUGUGGAUGUGAAUGAAUCAGAGGCAGAGAGUUUCCAGAUUGGAAGAAGCAAACCGUGUCUCUAUACCUGUGUAAUAAAAGUAUCUGAAGCUUCAAGAAAGCUAGUUAUUUCCUUUCACCAAUUGUUGUGACUUGUUGCCUUUCACCAGUAACUCAUAGACAUUCCAAUUAGUGUACCAGUAGCCCAGUGCCACUUGCAAAGAAGUGACAGAAUCCAGAAUCGGGAUUGCAAAUUGUCAGAUCUUCAGAAGCAGUAGGUACAACUUAUCAAAUCCUGUCGACUGGUGUUAUUGAACUGUUUCCUCAGCAUUCCUCCUCCAUCCACAAAGCAUUUUUUGUUUGCCUGUGUCUGUAUGUAUGUCUAAGGGUUUUAAGGGAACUUACAGUCUCCACUAGUGGAAUUGUAUACCAAUAAUUUAUAGUUCUGUUUUGCCUGUGAUUAGUAUCUAUUUAUUUAUAAUAACUAGUUGUUCCUGUUAAGUACAGGAAAAUCAUUGGUGCUGUCUGCUACCUUGACUUCAUCAGACAGGGAAAUUAGGGACUUUGUGUAUUUUAAUGAAAUCAGUAACUUUUGUGGUGACUGCAGAGUCGUGGGGCUUGAGAAUCAGCCACUUUGCUAAGUGGACUAUAGUAACAGGGAGUGAUACUUACCCUGAAUAAACAAUGACACUGUUACUGAGACACUUUAUUUAGUGUGCUUGGGGAAAAAUGAAUUUAUUUUGUUCAUUA